GCAAUUCUUGGCUUCCAUAUAGUCGUCUCUCUCAUAGCUCUUACUGUCAUGAGUAAGCUGGGCACUCGCUUUUCUUUGAUACAGAUGUUCAUUGUAAAAGGAUUAUAUCGUUUCAUUGCUCCUUCCAAUGAUGAUAUUCGUGCGCUCAUGCCACCAUCUAAAGACAAUCCCAGAGCAAGAAAGAAAAAGCGAGAAGAGGAAGAAGCUGAGGGUUUCAACGUACCUAAGUCUCUUCCGUUACGUCUUCGUGUGGGCAGCGUCUUGGAGGAGGAGCUUAGAAAUCUGCCCAUGUACUCAUCAGUUCAUUGGCUUUCUCUGUUUGUACCAUUAUGUCUCAUCGUCUACUCACUGAGUGAAGUUUAUACAUUUGUGUUUCCGAGCAGCACCGACACAAAUGUUGCUAUCCUUUGGCUCCUUAUAGCUGUAGCCUUCGUUUUGCAGGUUGGUGUUCCACUUGAUUUGAGCAUUGCCUGA